UCGUCGUGUCCUCGCCGUAAUAUGUGGAUAUACUAACUUUUUCCGGCUUACGUUUUCGCGUGUGUUGUGAGGUUUGUAGCAGUGACAACAGCGCAGUGUUUUGGGAUGCCACUUCCAUGGCAAACCCGAAGGUCAGGAAAUAUAUCCUUGAAACUAUAGACCAGUUGCGAAAGCGAAAAGCUCGGCCCGAUCUAGAGCGCAUUUGCCACAUGGUAAAACGUAAACACGGUCUGUGCAACACCGAGACGGAAGCGAAUUUGGACAAACUGGUGGACUCGGAAAUCGUCAUAAAAGUCAACUACAAAGGCAACACCAGCUACAGGAAUGGUUCCAAAUGGAAGAAGAGACAUUUAGGAGGGAUAGUCUUAAAUUCGAGCACUUCCAUUUGGAGAGUACACGAAGCAAUUCGGGAAAUAUCGAGCGAAAAGCGAACCCGCACUUCUACUACAACUACUAGUUGUGGUAACACUAACGAGUGUAAAGAUAUCGUCGAAUCGGGAAAAGUUGGUGUCGAGCUUUCGGAGAUAGAAAAUUGGUUAAGCGAACAUUUUGAGGACAAUUUUCCCUUAAACAUUCCGUUGUCAGCUCUUUUACAGAAGGAAACAGAUGCCACGAGAAUAGAAAAACUUCCUGACGGUACCUUUGUUAUGCCACCACCCCCGGGUGCAAAACCUGCAACGAAACCGAAAGUGAUGGAUUCAAAUCGAAUUCAUUCAGCACCUUCUCGUAGAGGGCGACCCCCUAAAAAGAAUAAGGAGCCGCACCGCCAGAAGCCCCGCCCUGUGGUUGACACUGAGGAGGAGAGCAUGGACACGCUGCCCUCGUCAACAGCUCCCUCGCCGUCGCCGAGCCCGCAACUCGUGCCCACCCCCCAAUGCCAGGAUGGGAGGUGCAACUUCUGCCAGCAGACGUGGGCCUUCAACAGGAAGGGACAGCCGGAGAAAUUCCUUGUGUGCAAAGACUGCGGCGCUCGAGCUCACCCAUCAUGCAUGGACUAUUCAGUAGAACUCGCCAAACGGGCUAGUCGGUUGCCAUGGCAAUGCAUUGAUUGCAAAACCUGUUACGUCUGCACCGAUGCAGGAGAUCCUGAUCUAAUGCUGUUUUGUGAUGGGUGUGAUAAAGGAUACCACACAAACUGUCAUCAGCCAAAUGUGUCUGAAAAACCUCUUGGAAAAUGGGUCUGUUCUGAAUGUGAAAGUGAUGGGGUUUCUGCCAAGGCGCUUGAUUCCCAGGAAGUAGAUGGCAGUUUGUAUCCAAGAGAAGGCAAACUAGAAAAUGAAGCUGGGCCGUCAUUCCUGCACACGCCGUGUGAUUCACCAAUUGAUGAUAGACCAGAGGACAGCCGAGAUGAUACAGCAUCUUCCACGUGGAAAUACUUACCUCGGGAACCGAGGUUGGAAGGACAGAUUUACCCCAAUGCAUCUGAUUGGUCCAUUGAUGAUGUUGUAACUUUCUUCAAGUCUGUGGGAUUUGACGAACAGGCCGAAGCUUUCAGAGAACAGGAAAUUGAUGGGAAAUCUCUGUUACUGAUGAAACGAAGCGAUGUUCUCACCGGUCUGUCAAUCAAACUGGGGCCCGCGCUCAAGAUCUACGUUCACGUGAAGUGCCUGCAGACCACGGGCCACAAACACAAUGCAGACUUUUAGAUUGGCAGGAGGAGA